UUACUCUACCAUCGAACCUCUCUCGUUCUCGAAUCUUCUGCGAACUCAAACUGCAACCCACCCUCUCUGACGCCUCUCCUCCGUCCAUCCUUUCCGACGCGAAUCCGGCCAGCCACUAGCAAGCCACACACAGAGAGAAGUAAGCACAUCUUCUCCGACGCGAAUCAAGUCCCAAAAUCAAGUUUGAGUCCAGACUCUUGAUUUUCUCAGCAAUCAAUUAAAAAAAAAAAUCAUUCAUUUCCAGGGCCAUCAUAGAAGCUCUUGUCAGCAGCCAUCAGAGUACAAGCCAAUGAAUUCGAAAUUGAAGCGUCAAGAGGGAGUUGACAGGAUCAGUGAAUUGCCAAAUGCACUUCUUUGCCACAUACUUUCGUUCCUUCCGAUAUUAGAUGCUGUGCAUACUACCAUUCUGUCAAGAAGAUGGAAGAACUUAUGGACUUCUCUUCCCGAACUUGAAUUUGAUGACGAGGGGUUCAAUCAUUCAUGGACUGAAUUGAAUCGUUUUAUGAUGUUUGUUGAUCGUGUACUUUUCCUUCAUGACUCAACAGACAUCAAAAAAUUCAGUUUUAAACUUUCUAGGCAUAGGCAAUGCUGUAGAGGACCAACAUUGGAGCACUUCAUUCAUAUUUAUCGUUGGAUCUGCACUGCUCUUAGGCGCAAUGUUGUUGAACUUGAUCUUGAUCUUUUGGAUUACGAUUGCAAAAGAUUUGAGUUGCCUCAAAGCCUCUUCUUGUGCAAAACACUGGAGAUUUUGAAGGUAUCAUCAACUUCUAUUACCUUUGCUCCUCCUACAUCAGCGUGUUUCCCGAGUCUCAAGGUCCUAAAUGUCUAUGUAAUGAAACUUGAUCAUUCAGUUGCAAAUCUUUUUUCUUGCUGCCCUGUACUUGAAGAUUUGAAUAUAGAUGUAAAUUCAAAAGUAGCAGUUUCAAAUGUAAACAUCUCUGCACCUAGAUUGAAGACGUUAAGAAUAUGGUUCGGCAAUGACUUUAAACGUAAUUUUUGGGGCGAUGAUCGUGUCCGGUUUUUUAUUAAUGCUCCAAAUCUUGUAAAGUUAGCAAUUGUGGCUGGCGAUUUUUUCUCGUAUAUUGAUUUGGAGAAUGAAAAAUCUCUAGUCGAAGCAAAAGUUCUUUUCAGGCAUGUAGAUGAAAAUUCUCGCCACAUUGCUGAUCGUGCAACUAAGUUGCUAGCAGGAGUUUCCAAUGUUAGAAAUCUCUCAGUUACGGUUCCCAUUUUGAAGGCUUUGUAUCUGCCUACUUUUGAAAAUUUAAUCCAACUGGAGCUGAUUCUUCGUGAUUGCAAUUACUGGGAGUUUCUAACAGGAUUUCUGAACAAUUGCCCUGUUUUGAAACAUUUUGUCUUUCAAAAUAAUGGCAACACAUGGUAUAAGGAGGAACAUGAGCGUGGAUGGAAUUCAGGCUACAAUCCACCAGACAUCGUCCUCUUUGUUUGUUGUCGCAUCUUGAGACCAUCUCCAUAAGGGAGUUCAAGGGUCAGCGAGAUGAGAUGGAAGUUGCUAAGUAUUUGUUGAAGAAUGGCGAAGUUUUAAGUAGGAUGACUAUUUAUACACGCACUUCUUCAAGAACAGGUAAAUUUUUGUGUUCGGAAGACGAGAUGU